UUCCACAGUGAAGCUCGUCACAGAAAAGGAUGCAACAAGUCACUUAGCAAUCGCAUCACCUCUUUUGAAAUUAUUUGAGUGGGCCAUCGGAAUUCUUUCAUUGUAAUUAGCUCUAAAUUAUUGCAGAAGAUGUAUCUGGUUAUUAAUAUCAAUGACAUUUUCAUCCACUUUGAAUUUCUAAGUUAAUGUAGAACUUUUACUUCUCUCCACUACUGAACUUCUUCAGUCAUGGUUGCAAAGCACCUCUUUGUUUUCUUGAUUUUCGCACUCAGUUGCUUGAGGUUGCUCAGAGUUAUCGAGUCAAAGUUGCCUCAGGAAGAAGUUGGAUGUUGAAUUUCUGCUUGGUUACCUGGAAAGUGCGGGAAAAUGUGCUGGAACUGAAGUUUCAAGUUCUUGUCACUCCUGCCCACCAAAAGAAAAAAACCCGUUUGUUUUGCGAUUAAUAGAGGGAAGGAUACCAUUAGUCGAGAUAUCGUUGACAAUACCUGUUUGGAACAAUCGUGUCCAGCUUAACUUUCUUUUAUUGAUGCUCUUCAGCAAAUAUUUAGUACAUUGGGCUCGAAAUACUGGAAGUUCAAUUCGGAUUCUUGUGGAGUGGAAAUGAUUGGGCUCACUCCUGUGCCUCCAAAGAAUGCAGAGCAUGAAAUAGCUUGUGAAUGCCACUAUGAGAACAGCACUGUUUGUCAUAUCAUAAGGAUAGUCCUCAAGGGUUACAGUCUUCACGGAAUCCUUCCACCCCAAUUGAUUAAACUACCCUAUCUUCAAGAAAUUGAUUUCGCUUACAACUACCUCAUUGGCACCAUACCUCGUGAAUGGGCUUUAACACGGUUAACUUCAAUCUCUCUUCUUGUAAAUAACUUAUCAGGGAACAUUCCGAAGGAGUUAGGAAAUAUUACCACCUUGACAUAUCUGAACCUUGAAGGAAACCAAUUUUCUGGUGUUGUUCCACAUGAACUUGGCAAUCUAGUCAACUUGCAGACUCUGAUGCUUUCUUCCAAUCAAUUGUCCGGGAACUUGCCAGUGACAUUUGCUAGGCUAAUAAAUCUGACAGACUUAAGGAUAAACGAUAACAAUUUCAACGGACCAAUACCUAUGUUCAUAGAGAAAUGGAAACAGCUCACAAGAUUAGAAAUGCAGGCAAGUGGACUAAGGGUACCCAUUCCAUCAAGCAUUUCUAUUUUGAAUAAUCUCGUUGAGUUGAGAAUUACUGAUAUAAAUGGAUCUGACCAGCUUUUCCCUGUGAUCAGAAGCAUGACAAGCCUAGAAAGACUGAUCUUGAGGAACUGCAACAUUUUUGGGGAGAUUCCAGCAUACAUCUGGGCAAUGAAGAAUCUGGAAAUGUUGGAUGUGAGUUUUAACAAGUUAGCUGGAAAAGUUCCGCUUACCAUACAUGCAAAGCGUUUGAGAUUUGUCUUUUUAAGUCACAACUUGCUGAGUGGAGAUAUACCAGAUUCAAUACUCGUCGAUGGUAGUAGUGUUGAUCUAUCAUACAACAACUUCACAUGGCAAGGCCCCGAGCAACCUGCUUGUCGAGAGAACAUGAAUCUAAAUCUAAACUUAUUUAGGAGCUCUUCAAAGAUGAACAUGGGGAUUCUUCCAUGCGUGAAGGCUUUUAAUUGUCCUAGAUAUUCUAAUUGUUUACAUGUCAAUUGUGGUGGCAAUGAUGCAACUGUCAAGGAAAAUAAAACAGAAGUCCUGUAUGAAGGAGAUGGAAGAGUAGAAGGUGGAGUUGCUAACUAUUAUGUGAAACUUGGUAGUCAAUGGGGAUUUAGUAGCACUGGAGAUUUCAUGGAUGACAAUGAUUUCCAAAAUAGGCGUUACACCAUUUCUGUGUCAUCAUCAAACCUACCUGAUCUGUAUGUUACAGCCCGUAUAUCUCCAAUUUCACUCACUUACUUUUAUUAUUGCUUAGAAACUGGGACAUACACAGUGAGUCUGAAAUUUGCUGAGAUACAGUUUACAAAUGAUAGAACAUAUAAAAGCCUUGGGCGGCGCUCAUAUGAUAUUUAUAUUCAGGAUAAACUGGUGUCAAAGGAUUUCAAUAUUGAAGAUGAGGCAAAGGGUGCCCAAAAACCUCUAGUGAAACAGUUUAGUGUCAAUGUGAUAACUAACUACCUUGAAAUUCGGUUCUAUUGGGCUGGUAGAGGGACAACAAGGAUUCCUGAAAGAGGAGUUUAUGGUCCCUUGGUUUCUGCUAUUUCUGUGGUUUCUGAUUUCAAACGUUGCUCUCAUGGUGGAAAAGACACAAUCAUAUACAUCAUUAUUGGAGUUGGAAUGCUCUGUUUUAUUUUUAUUUUAUUGGGGAUUCUUUGGUGGAAAGGCUGUUUGCCAGGACAACAUGGUAGAAGAAAAGAUGGUGAGGAACAAGAUCUUCCAAUCGGGAAUUUCACAUUGAAACAAAUUAGAGAUGCCACCAAUGACUUCGAUGACUUUAACAAGAUUGGAGAAGGUGGUUUUGGUCCAGUAUACAAGGGUCUGUUAGCUGACGGCAGGGUGAUUGCUGUCAAGAAGCUUUCAUCUAAAUCAAGGCAAGGAAAUCGUGAAUUUUUGAAUGAGGUAGGCAUGAUUUCUUGUGUACAACAUCCAAAUCUUGUCAAGCUUCAUGGAUUUUGUGUUGAAGGGGAUCACUUAUUGCUGGUGUAUGAGUAUAUGGAAAAUAAUAGUCUUGCCCGGGCAUUGUUUGGCCCAGAAAAGAGUCUGCUAAAACUUGACUGGCCUAUCAGGAUUAAGAUCUGCCUUGGGUUAGCUAAAGGUCUAGCUUUCCUCCAUGAAGAAUCUAUACUGAAGAUUGUCCACAGAGACAUCAAGGCUACAAAUGUCCUUCUGGAUAGGGAUUUAAACCCUAAAAUAUCUGACUUUGGAUUGGCUAGGCUUGAUGAAGAAGAAAAAACCCAUAUUAGCACCAGAAUUGCUGGAACAAUAGGAUAUAUGGCACCAGAAUAUGCAUUAUGGGGUUACUUGACUUUUAAAGCUGAUGUUUACAGCUAUGGCAUAGUAGCAUUGGAAAUUGUUAGUGGGAAAAACAACAAUAAUUAUAUGCCUAGCGGGAAUUAUGCAUGCCUCUUAGAUUGGGCUAUCCAUUUGCAACAAACUGGAGACCUGAUGCAAUUAGUUGAUGAAAGGUUAACAUCUGAGGUCAAGAAAGAAGAGGUAAAAACUGUGGUUAAAGUUGCUCUCAUGUGCACAAAUGCAUCCCCAUCACUUAGACCUACAAUGUCUGAGGUGGUGAGCAUGCUCGAGGGCAGAACAACAGUGCCUGAUAUGGUCGCUGAACCAAGUACCAAUACUGAAGAUCUGAGGUUCAGGGCAUUAAAAGAUCUUCGCCGACACAAGGAAAAUUACAGUUCCAGUGGAAGCCAAACUCAAAAUUCUUCUACUUUGCCUACAGUUUGUUCGUCCUCUACAUCUGGUCACGAUGACUCUGUGAUUAACUAAAAGAAUCAUUAUCAUCUUAAGUGGUGAGUUUUAAUCCUAAGAAGCAUAGUAAUUAUACUGGUUUCCCAAAGUCAAUUGAGAUACUCAUAUCAACCCAUUCAGGUAGUUUUCUUUACUGAUGACAGUGGGAUUCAGGGUGAGUUCAUGAACAGGCAGAUGAGUUUGGUGGGGAAUCAGGAGACUAAUGGAAAUGAUGUUAGUAUGCAUGUACACUUUAGGUUGGUUGGUGAAGAUGGUUGCUAAUCCCUUUUUCUAGGAAAUACUAAAUUCAAUUAAUUGGAUAUCAAAUUAUGACCUGUGCAUAACUCGGUGCUGUUUACUAUACUUGAAUUUUAGGCUGUGUUUGGUUGUUCUGAGAGUAAAGAAUCAAUGAAAGGAAGCAGGGUUCUUGUGCAAUGAA